AGGUACAUCGUACUGUGCGACAAAAAGAGUAGUUAAAGACGCCACUGACGUUGCGUUUUCACCGAAUAUGUGCAAAUUAAAUGUGUCGUUCGAGGUUUUCUCGCUGUGUUUUUAAAAUGUGUAGAGGGUUCCACCCACUUCCACCAAAUUUUUGCGAGGAGAAUGUGUCGUACGAGGACAUAUAGCUCAAAAUGCUCGUUACGGCAGACAGUCUAUUCACUGGCGGGAAUAGUCAAGAACCUCAAUGUACAUCCUUCCCAACACACAUUUUUAAACACAUCCCUCUCUUAUUUUAUGUGGGUGUAGAACACGCAAACAUAGGUGUAAGCUUUGUUAAAAAUACAAAUGUAUUUUUAAUUUGAUAAAACAAACUUUAGUCUUUUGGUGUCGUGUAAAGUCCUUAAGUCUUAGUCGAAAAGGACAAACAUUUUCUUUCACUUAACCUGUAAACAAUCCAAUACAUCUUAGGAAGUGUCGACCUGCAGUAACAUUAAAAGUAACAUUUUAAAUACAUAAAUUAGCUUAUUAUUACUGGAUGUACUCUUCAAAUAUUAACUUCCAUUUACAAUCGAAAACAACCCUUUCUGAACUGUAAUUCUAUGCUCUAAUUUGUUGCGUUUUAGAACGGAGCGAUAGUGAUGUCUGUUUCAUACUAAAAGACGCCGAUGAAAUGUCAAAGUCAAUUAUUUACUUCGUACACGGACUUAAUAAUUACUAGCUUUGUUUCAAAGCAGAUAUAAGGAAGAUCAGCGCUCAAGAUCUGUGCCGGUAACUACAAUUUAAUCUGGGUAAAAAAAAAAUAUGUGUAAACAAUAUAUUAAAUAUAUUUUAGUUUUUGAACUACAAAGUACACUCACUUUGUACUUCAAAAAAAACGUCGGGUAUUACAAAAUUUAAAUUAUAAUUACUUAUGCAUGUAUAUUUGUGACUAAACUUGGUUAAAUUUUAAACAACAUUAGUCGAUUAUUCCAAAAAAAUAUUUUAAAACUUCUCUUUAACGAAAUGUAGUAACGUCACCAUUACUACCCAGCCAAAUAAUAAUGAGCUCAAUGUUAUUGUUCAAGUGGCAACUUCUCUUUCUUGUGCACGUAAAUUCAAGGGAACACAACUGUCACUUUGCUGUCAAACUUUAAAGAACUAAACAUUCCCAUUCAUUCGGUUUAUCUUUCGAAUGAUGCAUACAAAUUGAAUUGACCCAGUAAAAUAAUAAAAUAAAAUCGAGCCGAGAUCCAUCCAAAAUUAUAUUAUGUAGUGAAAACUAAACAAAUAGAGCUUUAUCGGGAAGUUUCCUUUGGUAAGACAAAGCGGGAUAAUGUGCGAGUGAUCGGGAGCCGUAUUUAUGUUGUUUGGAGUAAAAGUUUUUGUGUAGUGUUAUGUGCUCAUCGCUAAACAGUGGUAUUAUUGUUUUAAUUCCCACGCUCGUUUUGUGAAUGUUGUAGAUACAUGUUGAGGGAAGACCGAUAAUGUCUGACUACGAUCUUCAGUUCCAAGCGGAUUUGGAGAAGGCCCAGGCUUUGAGUUUAGAAAGUCUGGCUCUAGAUCAGUUUCGUAGGCAGAAGCUACUAUCUAGCGCAGAUAAUGUCCGCGAGGUGGCAAGUGUUAGUGCCCGAAGGCGUGAGGAGACUGACGGCCCGCCGCCCGCGCUGCCGCCGCCUCCGCGCAAGUCGCCACGAGGACGGAGCUCCGUCUCAGACGGGCCCAGAUCAACUGGAACCAGUCCAACGAGAGACGAGAGCAGCGACUUGAUAUCGUUCUCAAGCCCUACCACCAAACAUGCGGCGAAGGAGCCGCACGUUCAGCUGAAGGAGUACAUCGAUCAGAUAAAUAAGUUAGGUCAACAGACUGAAGAGCUAGCAUUAAACCCAACGGAACAAUCGACCGCCACAAUGAAUAACCAGAACUAUAAUCAGCGUCCGGGCUAUCCUUACGCGCCGCAGUACCCGUAUAAUUACCAGCAGCCGUACACGCCGAUGCCGCCAUACCCGACGACGCCGUACGGCAUGCCAACACCGAUGCCUAUGCCAACGCCAAUGCCAACGCCAAUGCCCAACUAUGCGUACUACCCUCCCAUGGCUGCUCCGUCAGAUGUCCCCCCGACGUACGUGCCUGUCAACCCUCCGAUGUACGCGCCCACGGUGCAGUACAGUCAGACGAGGAUGGCUUCGCCCGUUCCCUACAACUACCCUCCCGCGUACAAUUACAACACAACGAAUAUGAUAUCCCGGCCGCCAAGGCCGAUGAAUAUAUACCCACAGCUGAGCCAAAUGCACAUGUACCCGCCGGUACAGACGAACCCGCAGAACCCGCAGAACAAUGGUAUGAAUAAUAACAGCGUGAACCAGACGGUCGUCAAAACUGAGCUGAGGGAUAGCGUCGAGAGGAAACUGUCAGAAGUCAGUAUUGCGUCGAACGAAUCAAAUGACACCGUAGGUAGCCUGCCAAAGUCGAUGAAUCUGAUAGACUUCGGUCGCAACACUAGCGCACAAGGUAGCGUAAGAGUCAGUGUGCUUGAAGCGUUUGAUCCGCUACUAACUGAAAAGAAUAAUAUCGAACAUGCGGUAGCCUCAAGCGACAGUUCAAGCAGUGUUUACGAGGAGUACGAUCCUCUGGACUUCCUGUACGGUGAGACGGAGAUGCGGGAGGCUGUAUACGCGACUAUCAACAAAAAGGAUACCAAGAAACUCCCUUCACCACCGCCUAAGUCUAUACCCAGUGUCCCAGCGGUCGCUUUGAGGUCUACCACUAAUAAGCUGUACGACUGUAUAGUGAAAACGAGAACAAGAAACUACGAUAGUGAACACAAAGCGUUCCUCAAAAUGGUUUUAGAUGUUAGAAAAAGAUUCACGUGUAGCGACGAACGUACGAACCCAGGUCACGUGAUAGCGGCUCGCUCCGGCGGCAAGUACCCACCGAACACCAGUAUCAAGAUUCUAGUCCACCAUGCGCAUUCCGACGAACCCAUCACCUUUACCUCUGAUGUGGAAUCGACGGUAGAACAUGUGAUAUUAACUGUAGUAUGUUCUCUAGACGAGGACAUUAGAGAAGAUAUGUCUGAAUAUAUGUUGCGGGUAUGGGGAGCAAAAGAAUACCUAACACCGGGCAGUUCCCUUAGCGAGUACGAUUACAUACGGGAGUGCGUGCGACUCGAGAAAGAUGUCACCUUGUGUCUGAUGGAGGGCAAGGACAAUGCCUUGGCGAGGAGUGAGAGGGACGACGCUAGGGACACUCACCUCACACUCGACGACUUGCUGCCCAGUCAGGGAGCCACCCCGCAGCUAUCGUUUGAUAACCUGUCUAUUUUAUUAGAGACCCUAGAAGGCGAGUUAUCUCGCGCUAUCGGUGUGACGGGCGGCGAGGGGAGUUGCUCGCCUAAGGCCGUGUUCCAGGCUGUGAAAGCUAUCUGCGCGCUCGCCGGCGGAGUGGAAACCUUACAUGUUACGCACACGCUGAAUGCCUUCGCACAGGCUUGUACGACACAGGGCAGCAGCUCGGGCGUGACCCCCGAGAUCGAGUCCGAGCGCGGCCCGUACUGCGCGGUGUCCCUGCGCGGCGCCACGCGGCGCGAGGCCGUGGCGGCGCAGGCGGCGCGCCUGCGGGACGCCACGCGCGCGCUGCUCGCGCUCUACGGCAGGACGCGCCUGCUCGACUUCCAGCUGGCCGACACGCACUACCACACGCCCACCAACACCAACAAAGCGGUCCCAUCGCACAAGAUCUCGGAGACCACGCUGUUCUGUAUCGAGGCGGUCCACUGCCUGCCGCUGUGCUGGUCGCACGAGGACUACAUGUUCCACGCGCAGGUGUUCUACGGCACGCGCCCGCUGAAGGCUCUGCACUUCACGCAGCCCAGCAAGAUCGAGUGCGCCGGAUUCUAUCCUAGGAUUAUAUUUGAUACUUGGUUAAACCUCGAAGACUUACCGAUCAACACGCUCCCACGCGAGUCCCGCCUCGUGAUAACUCUAUACGGGCGCCAACAAAGGGCGCCGGAUAGCCAACACCAGAACAACGAGAACAACCCGCCGCAGUCAUCCGAUACCGAUGAGAACGAUGUGCAGUACGACCUGGUGGAGCUAGGCUGGGCCGCUAUACAGAUGUUUGAUUAUGAUGGUAUGCUGGCAUCGGGUCACUACGUGUUACCGCUGUGGCCGACGUUCUGUGACCGGCGCAUCGGGCCCGCGCCACACCCCAUGCACUCUCCGACUGGAUCAUACCCUGUCGUCAAUAUUGAAAUCCCCUUAUACACGGACACCGGUGUUAAAUGGUCGACCACUGAAGAGGGUCGCUGUAGGCCGAUGACUCGGGAAGAGCUGCCGAAGUUCGAUAGUCUGGACGGUCACACGCAGUCGCAGUUGUUGCAUCUGAUAGAACAGGGCGCCUACCAGCGGAUGCCGAGCGAGUGUCGAGAGAUAAUGUGGGAGAAACGUCAGUACCUCGUGCAGCUAGCGGGCGCGUUGCCGCUGGUACUGAUGGCCGCCACCAACUGGUACGGGGAGCACAGAGAACAGCUGGUCGCGCUGCUCAAGCUCUGGGAGAAACCUUCGCCUUUGAACGCCAUGCAUCUGCUGUUACCCUGUUUCCCGGACGAGGCGGUCCGCGAGACGGCCACACAGCUGAUCAACGACAUGUCUGACGACGACCUCUGCCGCAUCAUGCCGCAGCUGGCGCAAGCGCUACGACACGAGACCUACGAGGCUAGCCCCGUAGCAGAGCUUUUACUAUCCCGCGCUCUCGCCUCACCAGCAGUCGCGCAUCGCUUAUUCUGGUUGUUAGUUCAUUCACUACCAAACGUUCCGCAGGCUCCCAACCAAGAGUUCCUAGGCAUCAGCCUGGAGGAGGGCGCGGGCGAGUGCGGCGAGGCGGACGCGGGCAUGGCGGCCUCCUGGCGCUACCGCCUGCUGCUGCGCGCGCUGCUGGCGCUCUGCGGCGGCCGCCUGCAGGGGACGCUGCUGCGACAGCAGCUGCUCGUCAAGACGCUAUCAGAAGUGGCUCAAUCAGUGAAAGAGGCGAAGGAAGCAGGUCGCCAGCGAGCCCUGAGCGCGGGCUCGGCCAAGCUGGCCGCGCUGCUGCGGCAACAGCCCGCCGCCCUGCCGCUCGCACUGCACAAAUACGUACACGACGUCGAUAUCAAAUCGUGUAUGUACUUCGCAUCGAAUACACUGCCUCUCAAGAUAAACUUCAUAGGAAGCGAUAACGCAGUCAUACCUGCUAUGUUUAAGGUUGGAGACGAUUUACGUCAAGACGCAUUAGUCUUACAAGUGAUCAAAGUAAUGGACAGUCUGUGGCUAAAAGCGGGUUUGGAUCUCAGGAUAGUUACCUUCCAAGCUUUACCGACGAGUGAUAAAAGAGGUAUGAUCGAAAUCGUGUCGGAAGCGGAAACUCUCCGUGCUAUUCAGACGGAAUGGGGUCUAACAGGAUCUUUUAAGGACAAGCCUAUCGCCGAGUGGCUCGCCAAGCAUAACCCAUCGGAACUGGAAUAUCAACGCGCAAGGGAUAACUUUACAGCAUCGUGUGCCGGCUACAGCGUGGCUACAUAUUUACUCGGUAUCUGCGACCGACACAACGACAACAUCAUGUUGAAGACGUCGGGACAUCUUUUCCACAUCGACUUUGGCAAGUUCCUCGGCGAUGCACAGAUGUUCGGCAACUUUAAGAGAGACCGCGCCCCGUUCGUCCUGACGCACGACAUGGUGUACGUCAUCAACGGCGGCGAGCGCCCCACGCAGCGCUUCCAGCACUUCGUGGAGCUCUGCUGCAUGGCCUUCAACGUCGUCAGGGCUCACCACGACCAUAUACUAGACCUGUUCGCGCUGAUGGCGAUGUCUGGUGUGACGGGCGUGACAAGCGCGGCCGUCGGCUACGUUCGCGCGGCUCUGCUACCGGCCGCGACCAACGCAGAGGCGGCCGCGGCCUUCGCCAGGCUCAUACAUUCAUCGCUUAAGAGCAAGUUCACACCAAUAAACUUCUUCCUACACAACUUGGCACAGCUGCGCGCCAGUGGUGAUCAGAGCAGCAACACUUCUGAACUACUAUCGUUUAUGCCGCGAACGUACACCAUGGCUCAAGAAGGACGUUUAGUCAGCGUAGAGUGUCUCGGCUACGAGAAGCGCUACGACCCUGAAAAGCACUACGUCUACGCGCUACGAAUCUUCAGACAGGGACAGACUACGCCGUUCGUGCUUUACCGGUCCUACAAGCACUUCACAGAAUUAUAUCAGAAGAUUUGUCUGCACUUCCCCUUGGCUAAAGUACACUGUUUACCAUCAGGGCUGCACGUAGGCCGCUCCAACACGCGGCAAGUCGCUGACCGACGUUUCGGUGAUGUGCAAGCGUUCCUCACGUCCCUGUUCAGUCUUGCAGACGAGAUCGCGCACUCCGACCUCGUGUACACGUUCUUCCAUCCGCUGUUGAGAGACCAGCAGGAUGUUGAGCCGCAGAGGCGAAGAGGUGAAACAGCAGAGCCAGAGAACAGUGGUUCCGGGUCCCUGAAGCUGUCGGUGCAGUACGCGAGCGGAGUGCUCUCCGUGUUGAUACUGCACGCGCAGUCGCUGGCCCUCACUCCGCAGGGCAUACCUCCCAAUCCUUAUGUUAAGGUCUACCUACUACCAGACCCAACAAAAGAAACGAAAAGGAAAACCCGCGUACUAAAACGGAACUCCCACCCUUCAUUCAUGGAGAUGCUCGAAUAUCGGCUUCCAAUGGAAGUAGUCACAGCCAGGAGUCUGCACGCAACAGUAUGGCAUUACGACUCUUUACAGGAAAACCAGUUUCUAGGCGGUGUCGUCAUACCCCUAAGUUCUUUGCCGUUAAGGCAGGAGACUGUCGCUUGGUACCCGCUAGAGUACAUACCCCGGUAGCUCCGCUGUAUGGAGCACUGAGUUGCAAGUAAGUCAAAUAGACGCGCCGCGUUUGUCGAUCUUAUAGUUGUUGCAAGUCACGAGCGGCAAAUCGACUUUAUUGUCAAGGUGUAGGGUUCAAUUUUGAGUGUGGUGUCGUUGGAGCGGUAGUAAUGAGCGGUUUUAGACGGUAUUGUCGAGUAGAUAGUUUUCAAUGUUAAAGGAGAUUGCGCUCGUGAGUUGAAACAGUUGUCGUUAGGUUGCUAUGGAAAAUACACUCUCUGUAUCCAAUAAUUAAAUGAGUGAACUUUUUUAAUCACUUCUGAAUAUUUCAGUGUAUUUUCCACAGACAAUAUUAAAACUAGCGAAAGUUGUUUUGUGUUUAAAAACUGUUUUAGAAGCAAAGCUUUCCUUUCUAUUCCAACUACAUAUAUUUUUAUAUGAGCAAAAAAUCUUUAUAGAAAAAAAGUACCAGCUAAAUUGUAUUUUUUUAUUUUCAGUCAGAUAUUCGGCUAGUGUUGUAAAGGGCAUUAUUUGGGAUAUUGUUGUCAAUUGUAGCUAUUUUCGUGCAAGGUUUACUGCUUUAAACUUCGCCAAAUCGUAUUAGCUUUACACAAAAACUUAAACGAGUGCCGUGGGGUACUAAACUUAUGAUUAUAAAAGACUAGACUAUAUGCGUAUACUGCAAUAAGGUCGGAGUUCGCGUGACCGCUCACCGUGGCUAUGAAGCCAAAAUGCACGCAUGUAGGAAUAUUUAUACCAACUCAUAAUGAAAUUAGCCAAUGAACUUUCGACUCUAUCCUUAUAAAACAUAAAAUGCUUCAAUAUAUUCCCAACAGCUGUCUGGAACUUAGUAAUAACCUCAUUUAACACAUACCUCACUAUGUAAAAGAGUAUUAUAGGGUCAAUAUAAUAAACGGAAAUUUUAAGUAUUAUCUUCUUCAGUGCAAUAAAUUCCAUGCAUCAGUAUUCCUAAGAACAGAUGUUUUAAGCCCAUAUUGUCUCAACUUCGGCUAGUAACAGAUUUACUCUGGAUAUUGAAACAUCUCUUUAACACGAUUAUAAACCUCUAUCCUCGGCAGAGACAAUAUGAGUGACUCAAGAGACAUUUCAGUAUACGGUCAUAAAUUGUCACUGUUUUACAAUAGAUCAUUAUGUAGCUCAAUAUAGAGUUGGCAUGCUGUGCAGUUUCUAGAAUUAUUUGUAAAUAUAAUCUACACUUGAGUGCCAAAAUACAAUGUGGUUUUGCAGCUUACGUAGUGAGAUUAAGGUCUAAAUUGCUAAAGCAAGUUCGAUUUUUCUUAAUGUCUAACUGAACUGUGUUGUGUGCUGCCGCAUUUAAAUUACUUAAAACUCAAUUGUAAUUUUUCGCGUAAUCUUAUAACAUACAGAUGUGAGAAAUAAAGAUCUUAUCUUCUGUGCAACAUCAGUGAUGAAUCGACAGUGAUUUACGAGAACAGAAUAUAUUUGAGUUCUACUUAAAUUUUGCCAAAAAAGUACUUGGACUGUAUAACAAGUAUCGUUUUUUAUUGAUUAGCGCAAUCGAAUAGAAGUUAGAGGUACGUUGCAUUGGUAUACUAGAGUAUUCAAUCUUAAUCAAUAUCUUUAUAUUAAACUUGGCCAACCACACCUCUGUGCCUCUAAGGCACUUGUAUUAUUUAACAUAUCAAAGCAAGUAUUUAACCAGCAUAUCUUAAAUAAACGCUAUUCAGCUAAAGCGGCUAUUGCCUGAUACCUAUAUAAUAAUUACUCAUGUAUUACUAAGGCCGUAUUAUGACGUUUUAUGUUCCGGGAUGAACGAAUAGAGUCAGAAUAUAUCCCCGUCUCCUUUUCAUAACGGAAUAUAGUAAGCUGUAAGACUUUAUAAUGCGGUCUGUGUCGUGUAUUGGGUGAGCUGAUCUUAGGAGCUCAUUCAAGGUGUAUCAUAUCCAUAUAAUAUAAUCAAAUGAUCAUUUCUUCUCGGGACCAGUCCCCAGUGUAUAGGACUAUGACGUCACGUCGAUAUUUGAUGUAUAAUCAAUAUAUUAUAGAAAAUCUUUAAGUUUAAGUUUAAACAAAUAAAAGUAGCAAUGAAAUGUAAAAUUGUACCUGUACUGGCACAUUGGCAUCUAUUAUUUAGUCACAUUCCAAUAUAAAACCUAUUUUUAGAUUACUUUAUUAAGCUUUU